AUGCUUUUAAUUACUUCGGUUUGCGUUGACCUUGCACAAGCAACCGCGUUGCACCUAACAACUGAACGCGCAUGUCUGCCUUCCCCUUUCAAUGUCACCUUGCUGGUUGUGAAAGUGGUACUCCUGCUUUUGGAAUUGAAAAGUAAAAAUUUAAUUCUCCGUGAGCCCUGGCGGGACAUUUCAGUGGAAGAAACAGAAAGCUUUUUCAACCAGACUUUCUACUGGUCGACAAAUCCAACACUGCGAACUGUUAAUGACCUUCUACCGCUCCCCAAACGAAUCUCGUCUGAUAUUCUCAAAGAGAAGAUGAAGUGUUAUUGGGAAAACCGAUUUGGCAGCGAAUCCAGAGGGAAGACAUGCCCUAGUGCUAGCAACAUUGAAAUGCACAUUACGUGA